AAAAAUAAAAAAUUAAUCGGUAUGGAAAGAAAUGAACAAAAAUAUGAGGACGAGACAACUGAACAACCAGUGGAUUAUAGCAAAAAGUAUAAUGAAAGAAAAACGGUAAUUGAAAAUCAUUCAAUUGAGCACUGUUCUCGAACUGAUCGACCUUGUAAAAAAGAAUUUGGAGAACGUGAUUCCAAAGUAGAUUUAUUUGGAGAUUAUGCUGAAACUGAUCUUGAUCAGCCAACAGAUUAUAGUUUACGAUAUGCCGAAGAUGAUACUGACGAUGACGAAAAACAGAGUGCUGAAUACUUUCCAGGAAGUGUACAAGAAGAUACUGUAAAAACAUAUUGUACUGAAGGAACUCCAUAUGAAACACCUUUUAAUUUUUCAACUGCAACUUCUAUGUCUGACUUGCGCCUUGAAGAUACAAAAGAAUCUGUUGAUUCACAGAAAAAGCUUAAUAAAAAAGUUCUUGAACUUAGUCUCAAAGAAGAUUCAAAUUAUGAACAUACAUUAACAGUCAAUUGUAAUGAAGAUCGUUCACUUCUUGUUGAGAAGGAAUUAGAAGUUUCUAAAACCAUUUCUGAACCAUGUAAAUCUAAUUGUCUUUCUUCUGAAAAAUUGCUUAAUUAUUACCAAACAGGAACAUCUAAUGGCUUAUCUCGUGCUAAUUCUCUAAGUUCACUUGGUAGUGCAAUGACACAGAAUAAUGUUACUGAGAUAUCUAAAGUAUCUUCUAUAGAUCCUUCUGACAAAGGUGAUAAUGUAUCAGAAAUUUCAGAAAGAGCAGAUCAUACUACAAGUAGUACUAAUAUUAAUAUAUUACGUAUUCCUGAUGAAAAUGAUAGCUCUGUAGAAGGAAAAAAUAAUUCUAGAGUUGUAGAUAAAGAAGGAAAAAUGGUUACAUUCAGUAGACAAGAUUAUUAUGCAGAGCAAACUCCUUUAAUGUUUUCACGUUGUAGUUCUUUGGGUUCAUUAAGUGGAUUUGAACAACAUUCUAUACAUGAUGAUCGUAGUUCCAUUCAUAGUGAUUUCAGCCGAAGGACCAGUGGUGUUGUAUCUCCAAGUGAAUUACCAGAUUCACCCACACAAACUAUCCCUCCAAGUCCUCAUAAUCAUAAAAAUCAAUGUGCAGAUUUUAUAACCAAAAUACCAGAAGAAGCAGUAAGACCGUCGGUUCGACAUUUAUCAUUUUCGAAAUGUCACGCUCCAAGAACCAGUGUUUUCGAGGAUGAUAUUGCCACAUUUAAAGAGGAAUCAACUCCUAUUGAAUUUUCUACAGCUACUAGUCUCAGUUCUUUAACUAUCGAUGAUGAAAUGAAAAUAACGAAUAUUUCCAAAUCUCAAAAUGAACUAAAAGAAUCAUUGACUGAGUUAGAUAAAAAUAGCAAACUAGAUUCUUUGGAAGAAAAAAUUAGUAAUGGAGAAGUUGAAAAAGAUCAGGAACAAGUAAGCGAUGGUGACGAAGAUGACGAAGAUUUGUUGGCUGCAUGUAUCAGUAUGGGAAUACAAAAUAAUAGAUAUAGACAAUCAUUCAAAACGUCCACAGGUCAAAAAUCAUUACAAUCGGAAUCAUCGAAUAUUUUGGUACGCUGUCAAAGAACGUCAAUUUCAAAUAGAUUGGAAUCUUCAGUUCCCAUCACUGUUACUUCUGUGGAUGUUCCAGUGACAGUUUCGAAAGUUAAUAAAUCUGCAAUAGAGGUUGUUGCUGCUUCAGAUACAGUACAUGUUUAUUGUACGGAAGAUACACCUGCCGAUAUUUCUCCAGUGGGAUCGCAAUCAAAUCUUUCAGCAUUGUCUAUGCCAAGUUAUGAUCAUCAUUCACAUUUUCCUCCGUAUUCUUCAUUUCCUUUAAAUGAUAUUUACUUUUGGGCAUCUCAAAGCUAAUGUAAAAUUUUAAUAGAGUUCAUUUUUUAAUAAUCUAUGAAAACUUUUUUGUUAAAAGAAUUUAUCGAAUUCUUUUUAAAAAAUACUAUAUUUGAAUUUGUGAUGUUUCAAAAAAGUUUAUCACUAUCAUUAACUAUCCAUUUAAAUUUGAAGUAUUGAGAAUAUUUUUGUUUAUAUUAUUAUGUUUGUGUUGAUAAAAAUUUGUAUAUGAUAUUGAUAAAAAAUUUGUUUUUUAACAUUAUAUAUCAAAAAAUUAUGAUAACUUUUAAAAAAAAAAUUUUUUCUUUACUUUUUACAUGAAUGAGAUAUUUAAAAAAAAAAUAUUUCUUAUUUCUUCUUAGUUUCGUUUAUUUAUAUACAUCGAAUGUUGUCAAAAAAUACAUAUUUAAAUGGUUAUCUACGAUUUUUCAGAAGUAGAUUAUUGUAUUUCUAAAAAUAAGAGAUUUUCUCUCUAUUUGGCGAAGAAUUAUUUCGUUUUUUAGCUUAUAUAAUUUAGUACGAUAUAUUUUUAUAAUUUACUUCUCAUAAUGAAUUUAAUGCUACUUUUACCGCAGUAUGUGAUAUCUUCUUUUCACGAAAUAAAAAAGAAACAUAUGUACUUUACAUAAAAGUAAAUAACAGUUGUAGUUUUGAAUGAU